CUGAAGAGGGUAGAGACAUCACACCUGGCUAUGAAGAUCAGCAUCCUGUUUGUGUUUUUUUGGGGGUUGUCCUGUGCUCUCCCAGUAGUCAGGUAUCAAAAUCCUGGAUUUGAGAGCUCUGAAGAGUGGAAGGGUCAUUUGACUCAGACACCGACACCACCUUUGGGAAGCAGUGAGUCAUCUGAAGAAAGAAAAGUUAACUCAGAGACACAGGCAGAUGGAGACCCCAGCAACAGCGCCGAGUCAGAGGAGGGUCCUGAUGAUCAUCAAUAUGUGUAUAGAUCAGCUGGUGGCUUCUAUAAGAGCAGAGAUGAUAAAGAUGAUGAUGAAGAUGACAGUGGAGAUGACACCUUUGGUGAUGAUGACAAUGGUCUAGGAUCUGAAGAGGGACAAGGAGGAAACUCCAAUUUUGGAAGUGAUGAAGACUCAGCCGACACCACACAAUCCAGGGAGGAUAGCACCCCAGAUACCACCAGUGAGAGCAGGGACCAUGACAGUGAGGAUGAGAUGAACAUCAGGCCCCAGGGAGGUGACUCCACACAAGAGAGCAAGAGUGAGGAGAACUGGGUGGGAGGCAGCAGUGAGGGGGACAGUAGCCAUGGGGAUGGCUCUGAGUUUGAUGAUGAAGGAAUGCAGAGUGAUGAUCCAAAUGGAAGCAGAAAUGAGAGAAGCAACUCCAGAAUGAAGAGUGCCAGUGCCAAUUCAAAAGAAUCAAAAGGGAACAGUGCUGAGCAAACAAACACUCCAGAUUCAGGUGAUAGCCAAUCAACGGAACAUUCCAGCAAGAAAUUUUUCAGGAAGUCUCGCAUUUCUGCGGAAGAGAUUAGAGGUGAGCUUGAUGAGAACAAUACAAUGGAAGAAGUCAAUAGUCACUCCACAGAAAGCGCCGACACUGAAGAAUCUGGUCUCAGUAGGUCCGGUGAGAAGAGUGACAGUGAAUCUCAAGAGAGUGAGGAGAACCAGUCCCAGGAAGAUAGUGAAAAUGUCCAAAACUCCAGCAGUGAGUCUAGUGAAGAGGCUGAUCUGCCAUCCCAAGAAAACAGCAGUGAGUCUCAGGAAGAGGUGAGUGAGUCCAGGGGUGAUAACCCAGAUAACACCACCAGCCAAUCAGAUCAGGAAGUCAGUGACUCCAGUGAAGAGGACAGCAUGAACAAACCCUCCGAUUCAGAAAGUGAAUCCAGAGAGGAACAAGCUGACAGUGAAUCUGAUGAGAGCCUCAGAGACUCAGAGCAAACCUCGGAGUCCACUGAGGAGAAUAGUUCUAGCCAGGAAGGUCUCCAAUCUCAAAGCACCUCAACAGAGAGCCAGAGUGAUGAAAGUCAGUCUGAGCAGAAUAGCCAAUCUGAGGAGGAUGAUGACAGUGAUUCUCAGGACAGCAGCAAGUCAAAAGACGAGAGCAACUCGACUGAGAGCAAAUCAAGCAGCGAGGAAGGUGGCCAGUCUAAAAACCCUGAGAGGGAAAGCAGAAAGUUAACAGUUGAUGCUUAUCACAACAAACCCAUUGGGGAUCAAGAUGACAAUGACUGCCAAGAUGGCUACUAG